CACCGCGGAGGGAGGCGGUCCUGCGCACCUGUGGGGAGCGGUCUGCGGCGUCCUGUCACAGUCGCUCACCUAUCUCAGCUGCGGAGCCGUGAGGAGGACGCCGGGAGAGCUCCGUGCGCGGUCGCGAGAUGGAUGUGGUGGUCUUUGCCGACGUGGCUGUGAACUUCACACGGGAAGAGUGGGCUUUGCUGGAUCAUACUCAGAGGAGGCUCUACCGAGAUGUGAUGCUGGAGACCUGCCGGAACCUGGCCUUCGUGGGUUGUUACACUGAAGUUAAAACCUUUGGCUCAUUUUCUCAGAGGAAAACUUUGGAAAAUAACAUAGCCAAUAAAGAGAAAACAGUAAGAUUUACAAGAAAUGAUUCUUGGUCAGUUUGGGGUGAAAACCAGUCACUUAAUGACAAUGGAGAUCAGCCUCUAACCCAGGCGACGCCGUGUAGAAGUUAUUUAUUGGAGGACCUCUGUGAAACUAGUAAAUGUAGUCAAUUUGGAGACACCUUGAAUACAGCUACAGAUCAUCCCUCGCAUGAGAAACAUGAGACCAGAGUUAAUGCUUGUGAAAGUACCAUAUCUGGUAAAGUCCCUGUGCAGUGUUCAUUUUUUCAGAAUUGGGAUAUAUCUCAAACGGGAUGCACACCUAAUUCAUGUGAGGAACAUGGCAAAGUCUUGAAGUUUCCUUCAUCCCUGAGAGCACGUGUGAUCACCCGCAUGGAAGACAAACCGUAUGUGUGUAAGGAAUGUGGAAAAUCCUAUUCUUGUCCAUCCCAACUUCGCGUCCAUGUUAGAAUCCACACUGGCGAGAGACCUUACAAAUGUGAGCAGUGUGGGAAAGCCUUCCGUCAGAGAUAUUACCUUCAAUAUCAUGUGAGAAUACACACUAUGGACAAACCCUAUGAAUGUAAGGAGUGUGGCAAAGUCUUCCACCAUUAUGCUUCCCUUUGGAGACAUGUAACUUCACAUACUGGAAAGAAACCCUAUGAAUGUGACCAGUGUGGGAAAGCCUUCAGGCAGCGAGAAUGGCUUCGGUCACAUGCGAGAAUACACACUGGAGAGAAGCCCUAUGUAUGUAAGGAGUGUGGGAAAGGUUUUUCUACUUUAUCCACUUUACGAUGUCAUUUGAGAACGCACACAGGGGAGAGACCCUAUAAAUGUAAGGAGUGUGGGAAAGGUUUUAAUGUAUCCUCCUCUUUACGAAGGCAUGUGAGUACACACUCCCAAGAUAAACCCUACAAAUGUGAGCAGUGUGGGAAAGCUUUCAGUCAUCCAUACUACCUUAAAUCACAUGAAAAGAAAAUACACACUGGGGAGAAACACUAUGUAUGUAAGGAGUGUGGAAAAGCCUUCAGGCAUUAUUCUACCCUCCAUACACAUGCAGUAGCACAUACUGGAAAGAAACCCUAUGAAUGCGAACAGUGUGGAAAAACCUUUUUGUGGCGACGCUACCUUCAGAUACAUGUGAGAACACACACUGGGGAGAAACCCUAUGAAUGUGAACAGUGUGGGAAAGCCUUUUUGUGGCGACGCUACCUUCAGAUACAUGUGAGAACACAUACUGGGGAGAAACCCUAUGAAUGUGAACAGUGUGGGAAAGCCUUUGGGGGACAACACUACCUACAGACACAUGUGAGACUGCACACUGGGGAGAAACCCUACAAAUGUGAUCAGUGUGGGAAAGCUUAUAGUCAUCGAGUCUCCCUUAAGUCACAUGUACAAAGACACACUGGGGAGAAACCAUAUGAAUGUAAGGAGUGUGGGAAAGCCUUUAUGCAUAAUUCCACCCUUCAUGCACAUGCCAAAGCACAUUCUGGAGAGAAACCUUAUGUAUGUGAGCAUUGUGGGAAAGCCUUUAAUCGUAAAUCGAUUCUCUAUAAACAUGUAAGUGCACAUACUGGGAAGAAACCCUAUGAAUGUGAAUGGUGUGGGAAAGCUUUUUAUCAGAGAUACUCCCUUCAGUCACAUGUGAGAAUACACACCAUGGACAAACCCUAUGAAUGUAAGGAGUGUGGGAAAGCCUUCCGCCAUCAGUCCACCCUUCGAAGACAUGCAAUUUUACAUACUGGAAAGAAACCCUAUGAAUGUGAGCAGUGUGGGGAAACCUUCACUCAGCGAUUCUCUCUUCAGUCACACGUAAGAAUACACACUGGGGAGAAAUUCUGUAAAUGCAAGGAGUGUGGGAAAGUCUUUUCUUCUUUGUCCUCUUUACGAGGUCAUAUGAGAACGCACACAGGGGAGAGACCCUAUAAAUGUAAGGAGUGUGGGAAAGGUUUUUGUCUAUCCUCCACUUUACGAAGGCAUGUGAUAACGCACUCAGGAGAUAAACCCUACAAAUGUGAGCAGUGUAGGAAAGCUUACAGUCGUCGAGCAUCUCUUAAGUUACAUGAAAAGAAAAUACACGCUGGAGAGAAACCAAAUAUAUGUACUUAGUGGAGGGAAGGUUUUCUGAAAUUUUCCUCUUUACAAGGACAUGUUAGAUCCCACAAGGGGUUUAGACCUCAUAAAUAUAUAGAGUGUGGGAACGGUUUUUGUCUAUCUUUUUCUUAAAAAAGUAUGUGAGAACACACUCAGGAGAUAAACCCUACAAAUGUGAGCAGUGUGGAAAAGCUUACAGGCAUCGAGUCUCCCUGAAGUCACAUGUAAAAAUACACACUGUGGAGAAAUGAUUUGUAUAUAAGGGGCGUGAGAAAGUCUUCAUGCAUAAUUCCACCCUCUACAUGCUAAAACACAUAUUUGAGAGAAACCUAAUAUAUGUGAGCACUAUGGGAAAGCCUUUAACCAUAUGUCAAUUCUCUUUAAACAUGCAAGUGCACAUACUGGAAGGAAAGCCUAUGAAUGUGAGCAUUGUGAAAAAGCAUUCAUGCAGUGAGACUGCCUUCAGGCAAAUGUGAGAAUAUACACUGAAAUCCUAUAAAUGUCAGCAUUGAGGGAAAGCCUUCAGGUUUUCCACAUCUCUGCGAGAUCAUUUGAUGAUGCAAUUCUGAAUAUAAGUACUGUGGAAGAGCCUUUUCUCCCUUAAAAUCUUAUGAUCAAUGUGAGCGACCACACUGGAGAAAUACUUUAUAACUGGAAAGAAUGUGGGCUACCCUUCAGCAUUUUACUUAUUUCUGUACAUGGAAACUCAGCAAGACAGAAAAAUGUCACAAAUAAAAUUUGCCUUUGUAAGUGCCUCAUUGUUAAUAGAGAUCUCCUGUAUUUUUAGCUCAUAUUGCUGAUCUAAACUCUGUAUAUAUGUAUUUUUCAUGUCUUUUUCCAUCUCUACUACAUUCAUUAUGUUUCAGUAUGUCCUACCAAGGACAUAUGUAACUGUUCAAUUACAUGAAACUUGCCUCAUUUCUACUAUAGUGUCUUAUGGACUCUGAUAAGUGGGCUUUUGUUUGUUUAUGUUUUUAUGUGGAAGUUGAUGUACUUUUAGAUAAAAGUUUGUUUCAUUCUCA